CCCCCACCAACCACCGUUGACCAUUCAUUUAUCUUGAUUUAUUUUAUUGUAUUGUAAUUGUAUUGAAUUGAAGUGAAGACGUUGUAUCGUACGCAACGUACGUGUGGCGCGUAUUUAUCAUAUCGUAAUUGUUAAUUCACACUAUUUGCCCUCAGUUUUUAAUGAUUAGUAUUUUAUCUCGCGUCAAGUAAUACUACAUAUUGAGCGCUGUUGACGCUUGUGGAAAUAAAAAGGCAUUCGUCGAGUAAAUUAAAUUAUAAACCCUACAAAAAUGAGCUACAGAGAUACGGAGGUUCAGCAAUGCACAUUGUUUCCGAGGCACAAAUACUGUGCUGCUGAUGAACAACGGGUAGGAUCCUACCUGCGAACACUAAUGAGUUUCGGCUCGAGUUCCUCGAUGUCCAUGCUGAGCUCGCUGAGCGCGUACCGGCGGCCACUGGACGUGCACUCAUACAGCCCCACGCCGGACGUCAAUGAGGUGUAUCCUGGACUCUACGUGGGGGAUGCGGUGGCCGCAAAAGACAAGGCGUUCCUCCGCCGAAUGGGCAUCACCUACGUGCUGAAUACCGCCGAAGGCAAGCGUUACACACAGGUGGAUACCGACCAUCUGUACUACCGGGACUGCCCGGGACUUCGCUACAAGGGCUUCCCGAUGAUGGACUUGCCCACCACCGACAUAUCCAAGUACUUCCACAUCGCUGCCAACUUUAUAGACGAGGGCAUUUCUAGAGGAAGUCGCGUGCUCGUCCACUGCUUCGUGGGCGUGUCCCGGUCAGCGACCUGCGCCAUCGCGUUCCUCAUGAUCAAGCGCAACAUGUCUCUCACCGAGGCGCUAGCCACCGUCCGCGCCCGCCGCGACAUCCACCCUAAUGAAGGCUUCCUCCGCCAACUCCAGCAGCUCGACAGGGACCUCCGCCUCCGCCUUCGCUGACCAAGAACCCCCUUAACCUACCACAGCCUCUCUUGUGACCUGAGGCUGCCGCAUCGCGUCCGGAGCCUCGACCGCUCCUAUAGCCAUCACUAUUAGCGCGAUUUUGGUCUUCGAAGUUUUAUUGUGAGUUUAAUGGAAUUUCGAACUGUUUUCAGUUUCAUAAAAUUUUAAUUAACCUUUUGAACGUUUUAUGUCAUAGGUCAUAAACAAUAUAAUCACGGGAACAAGCGAGAAAAUGUAGCUAGAUUAGUGGAUCUUAAUCUGGGGGCAAAACUAAUAUUGAAUGCAUGGGGUUGACACCUACGCUUAUCAAAGACCUGUAAGUGAGAUAAAAAAUCGAGUAUAAAAUCGAGUUUCCAACUUAGUCAAAGGGGUGCCUGUACUGAAAAGAUUGGGAACCACUGACCUAGCAUAUUUGAAUAUGUGAAGGUUGCUUUGAUAGUCUAUGGUAUAACACUUGUACAUAGCAUUUUGUCCAUGGCGCUCUGGACACGACUCUGAGAGUCUAGACAUGACACCAUAAGUGUUCUUAACGUUCAAAGGGUUAAUUACAGUCUACUUUAGGGAACCAUGCACUCUAUUUUUAGCAUUGAGGUAUAUGUACUACGUACUAGAGGCGACGUUGCCAAGCGAAAACACUGCACAUGCUGACAAAUGCGCGGGGUGGGGGGAGCGGCCAUUUACGCAUAGAGUAGGUCCAC